AUGAAGUCGAAAACUUGUUUUAUAAGUGUAAUUUCAUUUAUUUUACAAUGUGCAAUAGGACAAAAGUCAACAUCAAAGAGUACAGUGCUAGAAUGUCCAUCACUCGAUAAUGGCGACACUUACACUCAGUCGGAGUUCCUCUCUCGGCUGGCUCAUGAGUGCCGCUACGACAGACUGUUGCUCCCUACCUAUCAGACGGGCGAGGUUGUCUACGUGCACGCUAGCGCCUACGUUUACUUUAUACAACCAGCAGAAGCACACGAUUUGAAUUUCAAAUUGCAUUUCCUUCUUCAACUACGUUGGACGGACGCGCGACUCGCGUACACAUUAUAUUCACCUGAACGUACGAAAAUAAUCGGAGAGAGUGAUCUCCGACAACGAAUAUGGGUUCCACAUUUAUAUAUGUCCAAUGAACAGUCGUCAAGUCUUAUGGGGACAGAUAGCAAAGACGUUCUCAUAUCGAUAGCUCCCGAUGGUGAAGUUUUAUUUAGUCGAAGAAUGCAAGCGGUACUAUACUGCUGGAUGAAUCUACAGAAGUUUCCUUUCGACGAUCAGAAAUGUUCUAUGAAUUUAGAAAGUUGGAAAUAUAAUGCAUCAAUUUUACGUUUGAUGUGGGAGAAGGACAACCCAGUGCGGCUUUCCAGCGAACUGCACUUGACCGAAUAUUCUCUACUGGACUAUUGGACAAACGAGUCCGUUGUUAGAGGGGAUAUAGUCAAUAUGCGACUGGGAGGAGGUAGAUCUGGCAACUACAGCGCUUUAAAGUUUACCUUUAAAUUGGGUCGUGAAGUCGGUUACUACCUGAUGGACUAUUUUAUUCCUUCUAUGAUGAUUGUCGCUAUGUCAUGGGUUACAUUCUGGUUACAAGCAGAUGCAUCGGCUCCUAGAAUUACAUUAGGAACAAGUACAAUGUUGUCGUUUAUUACACUCGCAUCCUCGCAAGCGAAGACUCUGCCUAAGGUUUCAUAUAUUAAAGCAAGUGAGAUUUGGUUCUUGGGCUGUAUUGGCUUCAUUUUCUCAGCUUUGGUAGAGUUUGCAUUUGUCAACACAAUUUGGCGCAGAAAGAAAGUGGUUAGUUUGAAGAAGGUGAACAGCAAAUAUAUUUUAAAGAGUACAUUGACCCCGCGGCUAGCGCGCAAGGAGUUGCAAAAGGAAUUGCAGUCGUCACCACAGCUUACUAAAUCGCGGUCCUGCUCUUCAUUACAACAAGAGACCAGCAGCGACCCCGCGGGACCAGGAUACAACAACUACCUUACUGUCCAUAGUUUCCCGUCUGCCUUGAACUUGCCCACGAUCACCACGCAGAGCUACGACGAGCUCAUGCCCGGCGGCCGGCAGUCGCGCAACAACGGCAGCGAGGGCUCGGACGAGCCUCCCAAGCACCACACCUGGACUCAAAUGACCCCACAGGAAAUAGCCACCUGGAUCGACAAACGAUCCCGUGUUCUCUUCCCACUUCUCUUCGUCUUCUUCAACGUCCUAUAUUGGACUUUCGUCUAUUGUCUA